AUGGUCCGACCCGAUAGGAAGGAUUGGAAUAUGAGACUAGAGGAUGCACUAUGGGCAUAUAGAACGGCAUACAAGACACCCAUUGGCAUGUCCCCUUACCGAUUGGUAUUUGGAAAGCCAUGUCAUCUCCCGAUUGAGUUUGAGCAUAGAGUAUUUUGGGCGGUCAAACAAUGCAAUAUGGACAUCGAGGAAGGUGGAAUUCAAAGAAAGUUACAAUUACAAGAAUUGGAGGAGAUUCGAAAUGAAGCAUACAAGAACGCGGUGAUUUAUAAAGAGAAGAAUAAGGUAUUUCAUGACCAACAGAUAUCAAGGAAGACAUUCGUCUGUGGGCAAAAAGUUCUACUGUACCACUCCAAAUUGAAGUUAUUUUCAGUGGAGAUUCAGAGUUUGAAAACGGAGAAGAAAUUUGUGGUGAAUGGUCACCAUCUCAAGCCGUAUUAUGAAGGAUUUCCAGUUGAACGGGUGGAGAUAAUACAAUUGGAAGACCCAAUUUGCUUAGUUUAA